UCAGCAAGAGUCGGGCGGGAUCGCUAUUGUUUUUGGCGAGCACAUAAAUCCCCGGGCCGACCCACUGCGCACCCAGGUUUCCUCCCGGAGGCCAUUCGGUUUCCUCUGAGGCCCUAUAUAGAGGCUCCAGGCCCGGACUGUGCAGAGGUGCGCGCCCACGCCGGCCUCCCGGACCAGCCUGAGCUCGGAGCGCCUCUCGCCCUCAGGAGGGAGGCGCCCCCGAGUCUCCCCUCCCGCGAGAGGUGCUGCGCGGGCCGGGCCGGGCCGGGCUGGAGCAGCGGCGGCCGCGGGAGCCAAGCUUGCAGCGAGGGACCGACUGAGGCGCGCGGGAGGGAAGGAGGCAAGGGCUCCGCGGCGCUGUCGCCGCCGCUGCCGCUCACUCCCGGGGAAGAGAUGGCGGCGGAGCGGGGAGCCCGGCGACUCCUCGGCACCUCCUCCUUCUGGCUCUACUGCCUGCUGCUGCUCGGGCGCCGGGCGCCGGGCGCCGCGGCCGCCAGGAGCGGCUCCGCGCCGCAGUCCCCAGGAGCCAGCAUUCGAACGUUCACUCCAUUUUAUUUUCUGGUGGAGCCGGUGGAUACACUCUCAGUUAGAGGCUCUUCUGUUAUAUUAAACUGUUCAGCAUAUUCUGAGCCUUCUCCAAAAAUUGAAUGGAAAAAAGAUGGAACUUUUUUAAACUUAGUAUCAGAUGAUCGACGCCAGCUUCUCCCGGAUGGAUCUUUAUUUAUCAGCAAUGUGGUGCAUUCCAAACACAAUAAACCUGAUGAAGGUUAUUAUCAGUGUGUGGCCACUGUUGAGAGUCUUGGAACUAUUAUCAGUAGAACAGCGAAGCUCAUAGUAGCAGGUCUUCCAAGAUUUACCAGCCAACCAGAACCUUCCUCAGUUUAUGCUGGGAACAAUGCAAUUCUGAAUUGUGAAGUUAAUGCAGAUUUGGUCCCGUUUGUGAGGUGGGAACAGAACAGACAACCCCUUCUUCUGGAUGAUAGAGUUAUCAAACUUCCAAGUGGAAUGCUGGUUAUCAGCAAUGCAACUGAAGGAGAUGGCGGGCUUUAUCGCUGCGUAGUGGAAAGUGGUGGGCCACCAAAGUAUAGUGAUGAAGCUGAAUUGAAGGUUCUUCCAGAUCCUGAGGUGACAUCAGACUUGGUGUUUUUGAAACAGCCUUCUCCCUUAGUCAGAGUCAUUGGUCAGGAUGUAGUGCUGCCAUGUGUUGCUUCAGGACUUCCUACUCCAACCAUUAAAUGGAUGAAAAAUGAGGAGGCACUUGACACAGAAAGCUCUGAAAGAUUGGUAUUGCUGGCAGGUGGUAGCCUGGAGAUCAGUGAUGUUACUGAGGAUGAUGCUGGGACUUAUUUUUGUAUAGCUGAUAAUGGAAAUGAGACAAUUGAAGCUCAAGCAGAGCUUACAGUGCAAGCUCAACCUGAAUUCCUGAAGCAGCCUACUAAUAUAUAUGCUCACGAAUCUAUGGAUAUUGUAUUCGAAUGUGAAGUGACUGGAAAACCAACUCCAACUGUGAAGUGGGUCAAAAAUGGGGAUAUGGUUAUCCCAAGUGAUUAUUUUAAGAUUGUAAAGGAACAUAAUCUUCAAGUUUUGGGUCUGGUGAAAUCAGAUGAAGGGUUCUAUCAGUGCAUUGCUGAAAAUGAUGUUGGAAAUGCACAAGCUGGAGCCCAACUGAUAAUCCUUGAACAUGAUGUUGCCAUCCCAACAUUACCUCCCACUUCACUGACCAGUGCCACUACUGACCAUCUAGCACCAGCCACAACGGGACCACUGCCUUCAGCUCCUCGGGAUGUCGUGGCCUCCCUGGUCUCUACCCGCUUCAUCAAAUUGACGUGGCGGACACCUGCAUCAGAUCCUCACGGAGACAACCUUACCUACUCUGUGUUCUACACCAAGGAAGGGAUUGCUAGGGAACGUGUUGAGAAUACCAGUCACCCAGGAGAGAUGCAAGUAACCAUUCAAAACCUAAUGCCAGCGACCGUGUACAUCUUUAGAGUUAUGGCUCAAAAUAAGCAUGGCUCAGGAGAGAGUUCAGCUCCACUGCGAGUAGAAACACAACCUGAGGUUCAGCUCCCUGGCCCAGCACCUAACCUUCGUGCAUAUGCAGCUUCGCCUACCUCCAUCACUGUUACGUGGGAAACACCAGUGUCUGGCAAUGGGGAAAUUCAGAAUUAUAAAUUGUACUACAUGGAAAAGGGGACUGAUAAAGAACAGGAUGUUGAUGUUUCAAGUCACUCUUACACCAUUAAUGGGUUGAAAAAAUAUACAGAGUAUAGUUUCCGAGUGGUGGCCUACAAUAAACAUGGUCCUGGAGUCUCCACACCAGAUGUUGCUGUUCGAACAUUGUCAGAUGUUCCCAGUGCUGCUCCUCAGAAUCUGUCCUUGGAAGUGAGAAAUUCAAAGAGUAUUAUGAUUCACUGGCAGCCACCUGCUCCAGCCACACAAAACGGGCAGAUUACUGGCUACAAGAUUCGCUACCGAAAGGCCUCCCGAAAGAGUGAUGUCACUGAGACCUUGGUAAGCGGGACACAGCUGUCUCAGCUGAUUGAAGGUCUUGAUCGGGGGACUGAGUAUAAUUUCCGAGUGGCUGCUCUAACAAUCAAUGGUACAGGCCCGGCAACUGACUGGCUGUCUGCUGAAACUUUUGAAAGUGACCUAGAUGAAACUCGUGUUCCUGAAGUGCCUAGCUCUCUUCACGUACGCCCGCUCGUCACUAGCAUCGUAGUGAGCUGGACUCCUCCAGAGAAUCAGAACAUUGUGGUCAGAGGUUACGCCAUCGGUUAUGGCAUUGGCAGCCCUCAUGCCCAGACCAUCAAAGUGGACUAUAAACAGCGCUAUUACACCAUUGAAAAUCUGGAUCCCAGCUCUCACUAUGUGAUUACCCUGAAAGCAUUUAAUAACGUGGGUGAAGGCAUCCCCCUGUAUGAGAGUGCUGUGACCAGGCCUCACACAGACACUUCUGAAGUUGAUUUAUUUGUUAUUAAUGCUCCAUACACUCCAGUGCCAGAUCCCACUCCCAUGAUGCCACCAGUGGGAGUUCAGGCUUCCAUUCUGAGUCAUGACACCAUAAGGAUUACGUGGGCAGACAACUCGCUGCCCAAGCACCAGAAGAUUACAGACUCCCGAUACUACACCGUCCGAUGGAAAACCAACAUCCCAGCAAACACCAAGUACAAGAAUGCAAAUGCAACCACUUUGAGUUAUUUGGUGACUGGUUUAAAGCCGAAUACACUCUAUGAAUUCUCUGUGAUGGUGACCAAAGGUCGAAGAUCAAGCACAUGGAGUAUGACAGCCCAUGGGACCACCUUUGAAUUAGUUCCGACUUCUCCACCCAAGGAUGUGACUGUUGUGAGUAAAGAGGGGAAACCUAAGACCAUAAUUGUGAAUUGGCAGCCUCCCUCAGAAGCCAAUGGCAAAAUUACAGGUUACAUCAUAUAUUACAGUACAGAUGUGAAUGCAGAGAUACAUGACUGGGUUAUUGAGCCUGUUGUGGGAAACAGACUGACUCACCAGAUACAAGAGUUAACUCUUGACACACCAUACUACUUCAAAAUCCAGGCACGGAACUCAAAGGGCAUGGGACCCAUGUCUGAAGCUGUCCAAUUCAGAACACCUAAAGCGGACUCCUCUGAUAAAAUGCCUAAUGAUCAAGCCUCAGGGUCUGGAGGGAAAGGAAGCCGGCUGCCAGACCUAGGAUCCGACUACAAACCUCCAAUGAGCGGCAGUAACAGCCCUCAUGGGAGCCCCACCUCUCCUCUGGACAGUAAUAUGCUGCUGGUCAUAAUUGUUUCUGUUGGCGUCAUCACCAUAGUGGUGGUUGUGAUUAUCGCUGUCUUUUGUACCCGUCGUACCACCUCUCACCAGAAAAAGAAACGAGCUGCCUGCAAAUCAGUGAAUGGCUCUCAUAAGUACAAAGGGAAUUCCAAAGAUGUGAAACCUCCAGAUCUCUGGAUCCAUCAUGAGAGACUGGAGCUGAAACCCAUUGAUAAGUCUCCAGACCCAAACCCCAUCAUGACUGAUACUCCAAUUCCUCGCAACUCUCAAGAUAUCACACCAGUUGACAACUCCAUGGACAGCAAUAUCCAUCAAAGGCGAAAUUCAUACAGAGGGCAUGAGUCAGAGGACAGCAUGUCUACACUGGCUGGAAGGCGAGGAAUGAGACCAAAAAUGAUGAUGCCCUUUGACUCCCAGCCACCCCAGCCUGUGAUUAGUGCCCAUCCCAUCCAUUCCCUCGAUAACCCUCACCAUCAUUUCCACUCCAGCAGCCUCGCUUCUCCAGCUCGCAGUCAUCUCUACCACCCGGGCAGCCCAUGGCCCAUUGGCACAUCCAUGUCCCUUUCAGACAGGGCCAAUUCCACAGAUGAAGAAACUGAGACUCAGAGAUAUUCAGUGACUGUCAAAUUCACCCAGCUAGUACACAAAGAUUGGAGUCCAGAAUCCGUUCGAAAUACCCCCAGCACUGACACCAUGCCAGCCUCUUCGUCUCAAACAUGCUGCACUGAUCACCAGGACCCUGAAGGUGCUACCAGCUCCUCUUACUUGGCCAGCUCCCAAGAGGAAGAUUCAGGCCAGAGUCUUCCUACUGCCCAUGUUCGCCCUUCCCACCCAUUGAAGAGCUUCGCCGUGCCAGCAAUCCCGCCUCCAGGACCUCCCACCUAUGAUCCUGCAUUGCCAAGCACACCAUUACUGUCCCAGCAAGCUCUGAACCAUCACAUUCACUCAGUGAAGACAGCCUCCAUCGGGACUCUAGGAAGGAGCCGGCCUCCUAUGCCAGUGGUUGUUCCCAGUGCCCCUGAAGUGCAGGAGACCACAAGGAUGUUGGAAGACUCCGAGAGUAGCUAUGAACCAGAUGAGCUGACCAAAGAGAUGGCCCACCUGGAAGGACUAAUGAAGGACCUAAACGCUAUCACAACAGCAUGACGACCUUCACCAGGACAUGACUUCAAACCUGAGUCUGGAAGUCUUGGAACUUACCCUUGAAAACAAGGAAUUGUACAGAGUACGAGAGGACAGCACUUGAGAACACAGAAUGAGCCAGCAGACUGGCCAGCACCUCUGUGUAGGGCUGGCUCCAGGCAUGGCCACCUGCCUUCCCCUGGUCAGCCUGGAAGAAGCCUGUGUCGAGGCAGCUUCCCUUUGCCUGCUGAUAUUCUGCAGGACUGGGCACCAUGGGCCAAAAUUUUGUGUCCAGGGAAGAGGCGAGAAGUGCAACCUGCAUUUCACUUUGUGGUCAGGCCGUGUCUUUGUGCUGUGACUGCAUCACCUUUAUGGAGUGUAGACAUUGGCAUUUAUGUACAAUUUUAUUUGUGUCUUAUUUUAUUUUACCUUCAAAAACAAAAACGCCAUCCAAAACCAAGGAAGUCCUUGGUGUUCUCCACAAGUGGUUGACAUUUGACUGCUUGUUCCAAUUAUGUAUGGAAAGUCUUUGACAGUGUGGGUCGUUCCUGGAGUUGGCUUGUUUUUUGGUUUCAUUUUUAUUUUUUAAUUCUGAGUCAUUGCAUCCUCUACCAGCUGUUAAUCCAUCACUCUGAGGGGGAGGAAAUGUUGCAUUGCUGUUUGUAAGCUUUUUUUAUUUUUUUUAUUAUAAUUAUUAAAGGCCUGACUCUUUCCUCUCAUCACUGUGAGAUUACAGAUCUAUUUGAAUUGAAUGAAAUGUAACAUUGAAAAGACUUGUUUGUUGCUUUCUGUGCAGUUUCAGUAUUGGGGCGGGGUGGGGGGCUGGGGGUUGGUAAUAGGAAAUGGAGGGGCUGCUGAGGUCCUGUGAAUGUUUCUGUCAUUGUACUUUCUUCCAGAAGCCUGCAGAGAAUGGAAGCAUCUUCUUUAUUGUCCUUUCCUGGCAUGUCCAUCCUUAUUGUCACUACGUUGCAACUGGAGUUUGAUUUGGAUCUGGUUUUAAAAUUCUUCUGUGCAAUAGAUGGGUUUGAGGAUUUAGCGGCCCUGAUGUCUUGGUCAUAGCCUGGUAAGAAUGUCCAUGCUGAGGAGCCAGGUGUUGUAUUUCUAAUUGCCUGAGUCACACAGAAUAGGGUAAGAGCCUGACCCCAUUCUAUAAAUCAGAAAGCAAGGAUGGAGACCCUUUCCUGCUGCUAUUAUUGGCUCUCUUUGAGGAAGUUGGAGGUUAAGGAAGGAACUUGUUUGUUUCCAUAUACGACUCCUUCUUCUCUCUAGUUCCAGUCUUCAGCCAGUCCAGCGCUCUCUUCCACACUUCAGAGCCCCUUCAGAGAAAGCAUUAGCAGGAAUGAGACAAGGCAGAGCUGCAGUGCCCCCUGAGGCUUCCACACAUCUUUCUGAAUAUUAUUUUUCAAGUAACAAGGGACAGGGACAGCGGAAACAGCUGCCACCCCCCCAUCCCAGCAGCUCAGCUAAGCCCUGAUGAGAAUGAAGCCACAGGAGUUGUCUGAGGUGAACCCAGCCGCUCAGCCACACAUGGAAGCCAUUGCCUUUGCACAUAGUUCUUGGGUUCUUUUUCCUAAAAAGGUAAGGAGCUGAGGUGUGUGGUUUUUUAAUAUUAAGAAUAUAUAAUGGAAAACACACGACUGACGCUCAGGCAUCUUCCCCUACUCCCCAACAGAUCCCCAGAAGACAGCGUGGAAGGCAGUGUAGACAGUAAAUCGGGCUUCAGUUCUAUAGCCAAGAAGAGAUCAGCUGCUGAAACCACCAGUGGGUACCCCAGGCCACCUGCCUUUGAACUUGGGGAUUUGCCAUGUUUGAUCUUGUCACAUACUUGCUUUUUUACAAGAUGAACUCUUUGUAUUUAUGAUUUGGGGGGCAAUGAAAGGUGCAAUGCAGGAACUGCUGCUGCCGAGCUCGCUGGUCACAUGGGGGUGCCAGGCGGGAUUCUGGAAAACCAGUGCACUUAAACUGAUCCUGAAGAGAGCUGUCCCAGCACUCUGGCCACCAGGGGGCCAGAUUCCCCAGAAACUACCUUUUGCCCAAAGAACAUGCUCAGUAUUUGGGGCAUUUCCUCCCACGAACCCUGACUGCUUCUGUUACCUCAGGGCCUUGGUACCUGGAUACUGCCACAGAAUUGGGGCGGGUGGGGGAGGGGCCUAUUUUUAAAUAAAAUAACUGUUCAAAGUUGGGGGUUUUUUAAAAAAUUAAGAAAAAGGAAAACUAUUCUGUAUUGCACCUUUUCACAAUUUAAUACAUUUCUUACAUUUUCCUGUGCUUUUUGAAACUAAACCAUUGUGUGUCCUGUAGUGUCCUAGUUGAGCUGCCGCUCAGCAGCUUCCUCGGGGGGAUUUGGAACACCUGUGUCUGUCGCCGCACUGCCUGCGGGAGGGGCCCGGAGGGCUGCUGGGACUGGCGUCUGUACACACUUGUUUGGCCUUUUCUGUAGUUGAUGCUGUAAACUCUAUGGCUUUUUAAAAACGAUUUCAUGUUUUUAUUUAGUAUUGGAAAUCCAAUACACUUUUUUAAUCCAAUCAAA